GAGUGUAUAAUGGAGAAUUUGCAAGAAGGUUUCCGAUUCAGUCCUACUGAUGAAGAAGCUCUUACUUUCUUAUUGAGAUUCAUUGCUGGAAAAUUGAUGGAUGAUUCUGGAUUCAUCACUUUUCAUGUGGAUGCUUACGGUGAACAAGAACCAUGGGAUAUUUACAAUCAAGGAGUAUCCUGUUGUAAUGACGAUGAUUGUAGUCAGUAUCGCUUCUUCAUUACAAACCUCAAGAAGAAAAGCAAGUCGAGGUAUAGUCGUAAUGUGGGAAAUAAGGGUGGCAGUUGGAAACAGGAAGACAAAAGCAAACCUAUUCGAAAGAGCGAUGGAGCAGUGAUUGGAUCCAAGAAGAGCAUGUGUUAUAAGAAGAAAGGGUAUAAACAGGAACAUGGCCACUGGUUGAUGAAGGAGUACGACCUAUCUCCGCAUAUACUUGACAAAUUUGACAAGGAUUGCAGAGAUUUUGUUCUCUGUGCUAUUAAGAAGAAGAAAACUCGCUCCAAAGGAAAAUUGAAUAUUGUUGGUGAACAAGACCAGAGCUCAUCGACAAGUUUUAGUGAGGGAUUACAAGUGGAUGCAGGGGAAUUAGAGUUGCAGAAUAUUGAUAUGCACGAGGGGACGAGCAACUUGGUUGAGCCAUUAUCAGCUCCUGUCUUUGAUUUUGAUUAUCAAUAUUCGCCUGCUGACUUUGAUUGUCUAAGAAGCAUUACUGCUUAAUUAUUAGAAUUCUUGAAAAAGUUGUAUAAAUUAGAAUUCUUGAACUUUUAGUGAAGUUGGGUGUUUUGAACAGCAA